GUUUGUCGCGGAUACUUCGCAAGCCAUUGCAAUGCUACGGGACAUCUUCGAGCUUGCAUGUUGCCAUGGCGGUCCUCAAAGACAUAAGAUCAAUGCGCGACGGCCGCAAGAUGGAGGUUGGAGAGAUUCUGCGGGAGGCUGGUGCAGAUGUUGUAAGGAAGUCUGAGGGCGCGUUGGUCAAGACCGACCUGAGGGGCGAGCUGCGGGUCCGCGCAGACUUGGAGGAGCAAAGCCGCGCCUUCCAGGCGCUGCAGCGGAACUACGCGAGCGUCACCGGCAUGGCCGCGGCAGACCGCCAGGAGCUGCUCUCGCUCCAACAUCGCUACCAAGAGCUGGACGAGAUUUGUGCCCAGCUCAAGAAGGAUAGCACACGGCUCCAGAGUCAGCUUGCAGAGCAGCAGAGUCAGAAUGUCGCUAGCACUGGGGAGAAGAGCCGCUGGGAGAAGCAGCUCAAAGACUUGGAGGCGAGCAAAGCACAGGCGCGAGAGGCCGCCCAAACUUCCGAGCUGCAUCUCAAGGAGCAGCAGCAGCUGCUGCGCUUGGAGCGGUCCAAGUGCGGAGCUUUGGCGCUGCAGCUGAGUACGGCCCAGAAGUCUUUGGAGGAGCUUGGCAAGGGUCUGGAGGUGCUGAAGCGAAGCCUCGCCUCGGAGAGCGCUGCAGCUGCUGUGCUGUCCAGGGACAAAGAGCGGCUCCUUGCUGAAGCAAAGGAAGAAGCUGAGCGGAGAACGGAGGCCCAGCAGAAAGCCGGGCAGCUUCAGCUUCUGCUGAUCCAGGCGGAGUCGCGGCAAGGCCGGAUGGAGCAGGAGGUGCAGCUCUUGAGGGACCAGCUGGGCCGGCAGGCGGAGGAGGCGUCCUCUGCGCGGCAAACUUCAUCCCAGGCGGAGCAAGGCCUCGCUGCCUGGAGGCAGAAGGCUGAAGCUUUGCAGUCCCAGCUCGCCGAGCAGCGAGCCAGGCACCUCCAGGAGGUCGAGGCGCUGCAAGGCGCGGUGUGCUCGGAGCGCUCCUUGGUGGAGGCCAUCCGCCAGGAGUUGGGGAACCGCGACACGGCCGCCGCGGAGAAGGAGGGGCGUCAGCAAGAGCUGGAGGAAGCACAGAGGCAGCUCCAGAAAGAACGGGCGUCGCUUCAAGAGCGGCAAUGCCUUGCUGAGCGCUUGAAGCAGCAGUUGGGGGCCGCGGAAGCUGCCCUGACUGCCGCGGGCACAACUGCCUCGGAGGAACUGAGCCAAGAGCGGGCGGAGGCGGCGCGCGCACUGCAGGCACAGAAGGAUCUCAUGGAGCGAGAGCAGAAAGAACAGGAGAGGCUCUUCGCAGCCCAGCAAGAGCUUCGUGAGAGGGAAAGAGAAGAGCUUGCCGGGCAGAUCAAGGGUUUGCUGCUAGACAAAGAUGCUGUGGCGAAAGAGAUUGCCAACCUGAGGGAAGGCAGAGAUCUGCUGGAAGCAGCCCUGGGAGAGGAGCGUGCCCGGUCCAGUGACAGCUUCAAAGAUGCGCAAACGGAGAUCGCGGGGCUGCAGAGCCGAUUGGCCUUGGCGACGCAGGAGCUGCAGCAGCUGCGGCAUCAACAAGCUGCUGAGGAGGAGGCCAGGCAAAGCAUGAGCAGUGCGGCAGAGGAGAGGAAAGCAGAGUUGUUGGACUUGCAGCGCAAGCUGAAGACGAGCACGGAGGAAAUUCAAGCACUUCAGAUUUCCGCAGCAGAUGCCAAGCAAGAAUGCGACCGCUUCGAGUUGGCUCUAGCUGCGAAAGAAGUGAGGGAGGCGGAGUUGCAUGCUAAGAUUCAGAAGCUGCAGGAGGAGUGGGAUGUUGAAAAAGAGGAAAAGAGGCUGCAACAGCAAGAGGCCCGACGUUUGGAUCGAGAGCGUCAGCAAGAGUCCAUCCGCUGCACCACGAGAGUUGCAGAACUGGAGGGGGAGUUGGACGGAGCCCGCGCUGAGCUGCAGAAAGCCAAGGCAAAUGUCGAGAGACUGGAGAUGCAGAUGACAGAGGCCCAAGUGCAUGAAGAUGAACGCCAGAAGGAAGCUGCACGCUGGGCCAGCAGGGCCACCGAACUCGAGGGCAGCAGCGGCAAAGUUUGUGCUCAGUUGAAGAAAGCCGAAGCCACGGUCGAAAUGCUGGAAAGCCAGUUGCAGGAGGCACAUGCUGAAAUUGGGCAGCUUCAAAUGGAACUGGCAAUCAAACGGCGAACCUGAGUUUGAGGUCCAAUGGAUUUGCAAACGCAAAUCACCUGACCUGCGCAUGCUGAUUGUCGAAUUCCGGCAUUGUUUGAGAUU